AUGGGAGUUUAUAUCCCGGAAUCUAAUACAAGCACCAACUUCACUCCCGGUGGCGACUUGGCGACAGUCCACGAAGCUGGAGCGGUUCUCCCGGGCUAUAUGAUUGUGAUCCUGGCUGUGCUUAUGAUAACUCUCGUAGUCGUGGUUGUGGCUGGCAACGCACUUGUUAUCCUGGCUUUCAUUGUUGACAAGAGCCUAAGAAAUCAAAGCAACUACUUCUUCCUCAACCUUGCUAUUUCAGAUUUUCUUGUUGGUGAGUAUCUAUCUAUCUAUCUAUCUAUCUAUCUAUCUAUCUAUCUAUCUAUCUAUCUAUCUAUCUAUCUAUCUAUCUAUCUAUCUAUCUAUCUAUCUAUCUAUCUAUCUAUCUAUCUAUCUAUCUAUCUAUCUAUCUAUCUAUCUAUCUAUCUAUCUAUCUAUCUAUCUAUCUAUCUAUCUAUCUAUCUAUCUGUCUGUCUGUCUGUCUGUCUGUCUAUAAAAAAUUUAAAAUAAAAUAUGCCAUUUAGCAGACGCUUUUAUCCAAAGCGACUUACAGUCAUGCCUGCAUAAUUUCUUUGGGGUGUAUGGGUGGUCCCGGGGAUCGAACCAACUACCUUGGCGUUACAAUCUAUCUAUCUAUCUACCCACAGUAUCUAUCUAGUAGGGCUCUGUGGUAGGAUAAUGCCAAUGGUUUGUUCAUUUACAUAGCUACAGUAUAUAAGAAACUGUGAAGUGCCAUCAUAAUGGAUAAUAAUUGUGGAAACAUGUUUUUUGGAAAAUAUCUUUGAAAGUUUAUCUUAGCAAAUGUUUUUUUAACUGAUUUAUACAGCUCUUAAAAUAAUUCAUGAUGGUUCCUGAAUGCAAAUUAAAACCCAACACACCUUUGGUAAUUAUUUAUACACACAAUUCUGCCACUUGCCAGCAGGCUUGUUUAGAAGUUACUCAGCUGUGAAAAUUAAUUCUGGCAUUGAUUAUGGAGCUAUGCAAGCAUAGUUUGGGGGUCAGUCUGUACACAGUGUGUGUCCUUGCAGGUGCCUUCUGCAUCCCUGUGUACAUCCCCUACAUCCUGACAGGCCGCUGGGUGCUGGGCAGAGGUCUCUGUAAGCUGUGGCUCCUCAUGGACUACCUGCUGUGUACUGCCUCUGUCUUCAACAUCGUCCUCAUCAGCUACGACCGAUUCCUCUCCGUCACCAGAGCAGUGAGUAUAGAGAGCCACUGUGCCACACGCAGGCAUGCAUGGACAACGUGCACACAUGCACCCACAUACACCCAAGAAUGCAAGCAUGCACACACGUUUGCACGCACACACAAAUGUGGUUUCAAAUUUAGCUACUCUAUGUUUUACUAUUCAUGUGUCCAUCCAACUAAAGAGGUUCACUAUGCCCGUUACCAAUACAGAGAUCCAGCAGAAUGGGUUGACAGCCACUGGCAGUAGGGCUUUAGUGUCUUGAUGGGAUCCACAGUGUUGGGGUGGCAGUGACUUUGAAUGAGCUCUGUUGGAAAUCCAGACUGAGUGGGUUGGUCCUUGUGGACCAGCGUGCUACUCUCUGACCUUUAGUCUGCUUUUGAAUGCUAGAUAAAGUAUCCCUGGAUAUUCUGGUCUGAAUACUAAACUGGACAAUGGUUCACCUACCUUGCAUUCUUGCCUAUGAGUUUGCAGCUAACAUUGAACGUUAUCUACAUAUAGGGCUCUAUUCAAUCCCUUUAAAGGAAAAUCAGUGUUACAGUGUGAUUUAAAUUUAAAGGCAAUGUUACCACGUUAGCGGAGUCUGCAUUCACAGUAAACGCUGCAGAUGUCGGCUCAAUAGGAAAUUACCUUUACAUUUCUAGUGCGCUAUCUGUAACACUUCAGUGAUACAGAUUGAAUAGGGCCCAUAGUUGUGUUGCCCUGUAAGGGGCACUAUCUAAUGAAUACAGCCCAGUCUCUCACAAUCAUUCAUCUGAAAUGCUAGUUUUGGCAAAUCAAUAUUAUUCAUGACAGAGUUAUGAAAUAAAAAUAUUGAUGUUUCUUAAAUAGGACCAAGACUCUUACCAAGACUCUUGGAAUGAUAAACAUUUUGGACAGACUACGCAACAAUAAAUGGCGCCAUGUUGUGAUCUUAGAGGGGCUUUUGUCACUUUGUAACUGCUGCAGCUCAUUUCCUUGUGGAAUUUAUACUGAACAAAAAUAUAAACGAAACAUGCAACAAAUUCAAUGAUUUUACUGAGUUACAGUUCAUUUAAGGAAAUCAGUCAAUUAAAAUAAAGUCAUUAGGCCCUAAUCUAUAGAUUUCACAUGAUUGGGAAGGGGCGCAGCCAUGGGUGGGCCUGGGACGGCAUAUGCCCACCCACUGGGGAGCCAGGCCCAGCCAAUCAGAAUGAGUUUUUUUCCCCACAAAAGGGCUUUAUUACAGAUAGAAAUACUCCUCAGUUUCAUCAGCUAUCCAGGUGGCUGGUCUCAGAUGAUCCCGCAGGUGAAGAAGCCAGAGGUAAAUUAAUUUGUGCACAAAAUAUGAGUGAAAUAAGCUUUUUGUGCUUAUGGAACAUUUCUGGGAUCUUUUAUUUCUGCUCAUGAAACAUGGGACAAACACUUUACAUGUUUACAUGUUGCGUUUAUAUUUUUGAUCAGUAUAAUAUAAAUUAUUAUCAUUUCCGCACUCACCCACUUACCCAGACAGAAGAUGCUGAUUGAUAAACCCAUGGGUAGUCAUUGCUAACAGUUCACCAAAGGACAUGAAAACAACCAGUCUGAGGAGAAACUUUGAUGAAGCAUGCUCAGGGAGGCAAGUCGACAAAUGAUAUCCUAAUAUAAAUGCUGCUGUGUACUUUUACAAGUCAAACAAAACACAUUUGAGAUUUAAUUCAAAUGUUAUCGAUGCUCUUUGUAGUUAUUCAUUCUACUGAACUUGUUUGACUUCAUUCUUGGAAUGUGUCUCUUCAAUCUAUUUCCUGUUUCGGUCAUUCGACUAUCAGCACAGUGGCUUCCUGAGAGAGGAAUGAAAUGCAGAUAGCAUUAAAGCAAUGGUUGUGCAAUAUGUUGCUGACAUAGAAAUUAUGUUAGAAAACUUUGCAACCAUUGCAAAGUAACCUUCUAACCUUAAAAAGUCACUACAUGUAUUAGAAAACAUGCAGAACAUCUCAGUGGCUGAAAGGUAUCUGUAAGUUUUGCAAGUUGAUAAUGUCCACAGCCUUAGUUAAAGUGUCAGUUUAUAAUAUUUUUUGUGUGUUUUUCAAAUUCUAACAUUCUACAAAGGUUAGAAGGUUACUUUGCAAUGGUUGCAAUGUUUUCUAGCAGAAUACCUUUCUCGUUUUCUGAUAAACAAUUAAUAUAUAUUUUCCUCUCCAUAAUAAAACAUUAGUAAUUCUCUCCAACCACGUACACUGCUGCGUGUUUGGUAAUGACUAAUGAGUUAUAAUUAUGAUGAAAAAAAUAACUAUCUGUAGAGUGCAUGUUUGAUCUUGUUGGAGCUCACAGUGCUCACAGUCUCCAUGAUUGACAGCAAAGUUCACUUGUAGAAUUUUUAUAAUACAGUAUCUAGACACACCCAUGACAGAAAACAAAGGGCUCUAUUCAACCGCAUCGCGAAUGUUCAGUUUUCCAGCGUGAUUGAAAUUUAAAGGCAAUGUUCCCGCUUUAGCGGAGACUGCAUUCACAGUAAACACUGCAUAUGUCGGCUCAAUCAGAAAUUACCUUUACAUUUCUAUCAUGGAAUCUGUAACACUUCAGCGUUACAGAUUCAAUAGAGCCCAAUAGAGCCCAAUGUCAAGUUGUUCAGUUUGAUGACACAGCCUAGCUCUCAUUCUCUUCUGGCUUCACUGACACACCAUGGAGAAAAGGGCCCUUGAACCCUAUUACCAAAGGAAAUAAUACCUCUCCCUUAGGUCCAAAUAAUGCCUCAGGCAUUGUGUGGAUCCAAUAAACAUCAACAAAUUGAGAGAUAUGCAUGGCUAUGCAGAUUAUUAUGUCUGUAUUAUAAUUAUUUUAUGAUUGUGAUAUUAUGAUUUUAUUGUGAGCUAUUGUAUGGUCUUUUUUUCACUUCACCGCUCUACUCACAGGUGAAAUACAGAGCCCAGCAGAGCAUGACCCACCAUGCUGUGGUAAAGAUGGUGACUGUGUGGGUGUUAGCCUUCCUUCUCUAUGGCCCUGCCAUCAUCUUCUGGGAGCUGGUCGUGGGUAAAAGCGUUGUCCUUGCCGAUGAGUGUUUCGCUGAGUUCUACUGCACCUGGUACUUCCUACUCAGUGCAUCUACGAUUGAGUUCUUCACCCCCUUUAUCUCUGUGGCCUUCUUCAACCUGAGCAUCUACCUGAACAUCCAGCGGAGGAACAAGAGCAGGGCUAUCCGUAAGGAGGACAAGGCACGCAACGACAGGGGCAAUCUCAGGGACGGGGGUGCUGCCUUGACUGUGUUUUUGACUUGCAAGGUAUCAUCAAGCAAGCCAGCCGCUGUUUCAGCUGUGAUAGAGAUGGACGAGGAGCUGUCACCGUCCUCCAGUGGGGAGCCUAGUAGCGGACACACCAUGCAGAAUAAGAAGGGCCCCUCUUGCAGGAUAACUUCCAGGACCCUUCAAUCCCAAUCCUCCACCGGGACCCCCACUAGGAGCUCAGAGGUCUCCCGCCUCUCCCAUGACAAGAAGAUUGCUAAAUCGCUGGCCAUUAUAGUGUGCAUUUUCGGGAUCUGCUGGGCACCCUACACCCUACUGAUGAUAAUACGAGCGGCCUGUAGUGGGCAAUGUGUGGAGCACUACUGGUACGAGAUAACUUUUUGGCUCUUGUGGCUGAACUCGGGUAUAAACCCUUUCCUGUACCCUCUCUGCCACAGCAGCUUCCGAAGGGCUUUUGCUAAGAUACUGUGCCCCAAGCGG